CUCCGAGAGAGUGCAAAAGGAAAAGAAGAAAAAGUUGAAAAAAGCAAAUGAAAGACCACGUUGAUGGAGAGGCCCACUGUGUGAGCAACAGAGUUGUCUUCCUCUUCUCGCUGUGCUUUUAAAUGGUGGGAUUGCCAAGCAGCCACCACGAAAUGAUUCUUCAAACCCAUCUUUAAGAGCUUCAUUUUACUUUUGCAGCUCAAAAAUGGCUUCCCUUUGCCCACUCUUUGCUUUCUUUCUUCUUGUUUGCAUAUCAUCUCCUUCCAUCAGUCAAAAGGUGACGCUUUCUUUGUACUAUGAAACUCUUUGCCCAUAUUGUGCAGAUUUCAUUGUGAAUCAUUUAGUGAAGGUGUUUGAUGGAGGACUUACUUCCAUCGUCGAUCUUAGAAUGAUCCCCUGGGGCAAUGCUUUUAUCCAGUCUGAUGGCACCUUCGUUUGUCAGCAUGGGCCAAAUGAAUGCUUCCUAAAUGCCAUUGAAGCCUGCGCCAUAACUAUCUAUCCUGAUGUGGAGAGGCAUUUCAGUUUUAUAUACUGCAUGGAGAGUCUUGCCCUGCAGAACAGACUCAAUGAGUGGGUUAAUUGCUUUGAAACAGCUAGGUUUGGUAAGGAACCCAUUGAUUGCUACACAAGUGGAUAUGGGAAUGUGCUUGAACAAAAAUUUGCUGCUGAAACUGCCCAACUCAAUCCGCCUCAUAGAUUUGUGCCAUGGGUGCUUGUAAAUAAUCAACCUAUCCAAGAGGACUUCAAGAAUUUUGUGAGCUAUGUAUGCAAUGCUUACCAAGGGACUCAAGUACCAGAGACAUGCAAAUCUUUGCCUACAGAGAGCAAUUCAUUUCAGAAAGAAAUUCCCACUAGUCCAGUCUGCUCGGCUAACAAAACAGGCAACUUUAUAUCCUCGUCACGAGCAAUUAAUAAAAGCCCUGUGAUCAACCCAUGAUUUAUGCAAUUCACUGCAUCGAAGCUAGUCCUGUAGCGUGCAUAUGCUAGCUGCUCCUGCUGAUUCAUAGUAUUCAGAUUGGCUUGUCUUGUUUUGAACUGUAGGAAUUGAACUUUCCACAUAUCAGAAUUAGUACAUAUUCUAGAGCAGAAGCUAUGUACUAUUGUAGUGUAAAACAAGUUCUGGUGAUAAAAAUAGCUAGGAUGUUUGUCAUUGAGAUGGCAGUUCUGUUAUAUUCUGUACUAUUUAAAUCUUUUUCAUUUGGAAUUGAAAUGAAUUAUAUAUGGUUCA